AUGGCAACCCUAAACCUGCUAGUGAAAAGACAGAGGCCUGCAGCCUCUGGGGACCAAGAAAGCGACUGGGGAGGGCGUGACCGCCGGCCACUGAACGCCGAAUUCCCCAGCCCCGACUCCUCUGGCCGUCUGUGCCGAAUCCGACAGAGACACAACAUUGGAUACAUUUCUGUCUGGAGCUGCCGAGGCCGGAGAACGCCCCGAGGCGCCGCCUGGCCCUGCGGCGGCACGUCCUGCUGGCGGGAGGGGGGCCGUGCGCCGCAGCCAAUGGCAGCCCGCAGCAAGCCGACAUUGAGAGGCAGAACAACGCCCCGCGUCGCGCCGGACUUGGCGCCCAAAGCCAGGGCUUGGAGGCGGGGUGAUAGGGCACUCAGCAGCGCCAGUAACCAAUCAGACUAUAAAGCCCGCCUACCGCGGAUUUCUAUUGGCUACAGCGCCAGAACUGAUUUUAGCAACAACCAAUCGGACGCGGCAAAAGGCCGGCGGUUUGAAUUGCGGCGGGAGGGGCCGGCCGCGGUGUACAGAGUGGAAGGUGGCCGGCGGUGCAAACGGCUUUUCGUUAUGGAGUUUGAUCCCACGAUGCAGGAGGGGCUGCGGAACAGCAGCGCCCGUUUCAUGGCAUCCAUGACCCGCAUCAUUGAAGAGUAUAGUCAUCCCUUCAGGGAUGACGUACUGAUUUCCAUCGACUCUUUGACGUACGAUACACCUGAGGGACCUAAACGAUGGGAACUUAUGUCAAGGAAAGAUGUUAAAACCUGGAAGAAAGGAUUUACGCGUAUUAGUCGAAGGCCGAGGAGCACAGAGAAGCAGAGCUGUGAUUUUGAAGAUGAGAACUCAGCAGUACACCAGGAAUCUUCUGAGAACUCUGGUGCAGAUACAUCUGAUACAGGUGAAGAAGGUGGUGAUGUAGCCUCCGUAGGAAGAAAAUUUGAAGGAAUUCAUCUCAAGAAUCAGAAUGUAGAUGAUGGACAAAUCGUAAAGAAAAAAAGAGUUCCAGUUGAUGUGAUAUUGCAAGGUGAUGAGAGGAAUUAUCCCAAAUGGAUAACGAUAACAACUCCAAGUUCGUCAAAAAGUCGUCGUUCACCUUUGCCAGGGCGAGAAGUACUUGGACCUAAACGAUGGGAGCAUAUGUCAAGGAAAGACGUUACAACCGGGAAGAAAGGAUUUACGCGUAUUAGUCGAAGGCCGAGGAGCACAGAGAAGCAGAGCUGUGAUUUUGAAGAUGAGAACUCAGCAGUACACCAGGAAUCUUCUGAGAACUCUGGUGCAGAUACAUCUGAUACAGGUGAAGAAGGUGGUGAUGUAGCCUCCGUAGGAAGAAAAUUUGAAGGAAUUCAUCUCAAGAAUCAGAAUGUAGAUGAUGGACAAAUCCUAAAGAAAAAAAGAGUUCCAGUUGAUGUGAUAUUGCAAGGUGAUGAGAGGAAUUAUCCCAAAUGGAUAACGAUAACAACUCCAAGUUCGUCAAAAAGUCGUCGUUCACCUUUGCCAGGGCGAGAAGUACUUGGACCUAAACGAUGGGACCAUAUGUCAAGGAAAGACGUUACAACCGGGAAGAAAGGAUUUACGCGUAUUAGUCGAAGGCCGAGGAGCACAGAGAAGCAGAGCUGUGAUUUUGAAGAUGAGAACUCAGCAGUACACCAGGAAUCUUCUGAGAACUCUGGUGCAGAUACAUCUGAUACAGGUGAAGAAGGUGGUGAUGUAGCCUCCGUAGGAAGAAAAUUUGAAGGAAUUCAUCUCAAGAAUCAGAAUGUAGAUGAUGGACAAAUCGUAAAGAAAAAAAGAGUUCCAGUUGAUGUGAUAUUGCAAGGUGAUGAGAGGAAUUAUCCCAAAUGGAUAACGAUAACAACUCCAAGUUCAUCAAAAAGUCGUCGUUCACCUUUGCCAGGGCGAGAAGUACUUGGCAAUCAAGCUGGUGUUUGCAAAAAGAAGCUAGAGUUUUCAAAUGAAUGUUCUUCAUCCAAAUAUCCACAGUUACAACAUUCUGCUGUUUCCCUUCCAUCAAAUACAGUAGCCUCACCCAGGCAGCAGCCUUGUCCAGAACUGAGCAUGACUUCAUGUGAUAGUAUUCUUGGAGGAUUCCAGUCUGCAGAUGAGGAAGGCUUCUUGAGCCGUACAACUCUUUCAGGCUUAUAUCCGGCAAUGUUAGCGAUACUUACAGAGCUUAUGACAAGGCAUUCUCAGAGAAAAGUGUUGAAGUACAUGUUUGGACACUUAAGGUCCAAGAGACGGCAUUCUAGAAGACCAAAGCUCAAUGUUACUGUAGACAAAAUGAGAGAGUCCGGAUCUUGUAAAUGGAAACCAAAGAAGGCAUUCCACAGCAUGUGUAGCCGUAGAAGUGAAGACAACCAAAAUCCAACUUUUGGAAAUGAGAGCAGAGAAUUCUGUUCUGACAGUUGUCCCGUUAGUAAUUCAUCUGCUCUGGUGCCUUAUGCUUGUGCUGAUACAAAUGAAACCAAAAUGCACUACUCUGACUCAAGUUUAGAACAACAUUUGGCAUCUGGAAAAAGUCAAGAAGUCUGCAAACAUACUGCUUUUCCUGAUGUUAUGGAUAGAAUGGGAGGGACAUUUCUAGUUGAAGAUAAAUUACAGACUAUUGCCUCACCAAAGAAUUCAGAAUACAUAGAAGGUGAAAAAUUUACUUACAAACUUUCCUCAGAACCCAGUUUUAUAACGUCUACUGCCAGUUCAGAUUCAAGAGCGUUUCAUCUUGUAAAAGAGAGUAAGACUCAGAAAGCGGACUUUUGUGUUGGUACCUCGGAGUUGUGUUCAUCUGCUUGCAGUUCCCAUGGCAAUAGAAACAAUUCUAUGUCUACCAUAAAUUUUUCUCCUGCAAGAUCAACAAAUACUAUGUUCAUAUAUCCUCAAAAAAUAACUUCUUUCCAGCACAAAGAGUCAUUUUCCUCCUGGAAGCAGAAUUCUUCAAAGAGGGACGAAGAAAUAGAUGCUGCAUUUGACGAACUCUACUACAGAGUGAUUUCUGGGGAAUACUUUAAACCUUUGACAUUGACAAGACCUCUUUUAAACUCACAGAGCCAUGAAGAGAAAGGAACAGUAGUGAAGAGUAAUCUAAGUGAUUCUGAGAGGUCCCUUAAACAGCGUGAUACAGAAUUCGAGAAACUGUGUGGGAAGUCUGUUCCAAAAUUUCCUGGGCUUCAGAGAGCUUCAAAUUUCAGGAAAUAUGAAGAAAUACAGAUGCCUGAAACUGUAAAUGCUCUUGUUAAUUCUCCUGUUAGAACUUACUCUGCAAUUUCCAGUGCUAAAAGAGCAGGAAAUUUUCAAAACCAUCCUCUUUGUUCACCAGUAAAGCGACUGAAAUUUAUACCGGAAUAUUGUUUUUCUUCAAGCAAAUGUCAGGAGACUUCCCACAGUAAAGAGGGUAAUCUUCAGACAGGUGGCAUGGAUUUUUUGAGCACAUACAACUGUAGCAAGCCCAGCUUUUUUGCUGAUCGCAACUUUCAUUGUCAGGGCUCUGGAUCUCAUGGUUCUUCACAACAAAGUUUUCUUGGUAUCUCUGGCACUUCCCUGCAAGAAUCUGGGACUGCAGGUGCACACUCUGAUUGGCCUGGGACAAUGGAGAAUUGCAGCUCUCUCAGAAGUGUGAGCAAGCAUCACCCAAGAGUAUACAGAAAACUAAGCUUCACUGAUGGGAAAGACAGUUGUAGGAAUGCCUUGGAUGACUCUCUGGUUAAAGCUCACCAAGAAGCAUUAACGCACUGUUACAGUUUAAAAAGUUUUAUAUAGGUUGAGUUUUAUUCAGUGUUGUUUCUUCUUCCAAGAAUCAAGGAUGUAUAAUUAUAUGUAAGCAAUACACAAAUAGUUCUGAUUUAUACUUCAUUGCAGUUCAAAUCUUUGGGAAAAGGUUUGUCCCUUUUAACAGGGCACUUAGUACUCAAUUUAUGGCUAAGUUGGAUUUUUAUAUUUGAUGGUAUUUGUAAUAACAGUGUGAUCUGUAUUCUUUUUAUUUGCUGAUAAGCUUUGAUUCUUACUGUAUUAAUAAUGAGGAAUAACCUAAAUGGCUGCCUAUUCAUUCUUUUUGAAUGCAUCAGUACAGACCCAAAAAUCAUUGCUAUAUACUAUGACUUGA